GUGAUGGAUACAGUGUAUGUGCGAAGCGCGGUUUGAGCGCCAUAUUUUUGCCAAAUAAUUUUGGUAUUGUGAGAACAUAGGAACUUGAACGGCUUUGGUUGUUCGCCUGCUUCGCGACAUGUCUGGAGCGGCAGUGAGCACCUCUACCAGUAAGCUGAAUGUGUUGGUCAACAAGCUUCAUGAGUACUUGGCUCAUUCUGCUGUUGAGGACGGCAGUGGCACAUUAACCUCCGAUGCUGAUGGUUUGCCGAACAGGAGCUGUUCUGUGGGAAAUUUACCGGGGCAUGGUCUGACAGAGGCAGGUGUGGAUAGCAGAUAUUCCAGGAGAAAACCUUCAGUUGUCAUAAAGCACUCUGGAGUGGAUGAAUCUGGGGACUCAAAUGAAAGCGAGGACGUGGAUUUACCAGUCAGUACAAACGGUCACCUCGAUGUCACCAGAUUGCCUAAAGGUACCGUACUGGUCAGGCCUGAGGCUGCUGACAAUGGAAGAGAUGAUUUCAGGGGUCCAGAGUUUCGCAGCCGGAAAUCCAACGUGAUUCGGAAAGAGUUUUCAAGAAGACGUGGAGGAGUUGAACACGUGGGAAUUGUGAGUUGCACUGCAUGUGGCCGACAAGUUAACCACUUCCGGAAAGAUUCCUUGUAUCGACAUCCAGUUCUGAAAGUACUCAUCUGCAAGUCUUGCUACAACUAUUAUUCAAGUGAUGACAUCAGCAAGGAUGGAGAUGGAAUGGAUGAGCAGUGCAGGUGGUGUGCUGAAGGAGGCAACUUGAUCUGCUGUGACUUCUGCAGUAAUGCUUUCUGCAAGAAGUGUAUUCUGAGAAAUUUAGGAAGAAAGGAACUAUCAGGCAUCUUGGAGAGCAAAUGGUACUGCUAUGUGUGCAGCCCAGAACCCCUUUUUGACCUGGUGGUGGCUUGCGACAGUGUCCUUGAGAACAUGGAGCGUCUGUGGCAUCAGCACCGCAGAAGGAAUCGAGUGGAGCCAGGGAAAUCUGAACUUUACCACAUAUUGCCGCAAAGCAAUCCCUUGCACAAGUGGGAUCACACUGGUAUGGAUGGUAAUGUGGUGUUCCACUACAACACGCUGCAGAUUUCCAGAGACAUUACCAAAAAGGCCAAACAUUUAGUGGACUCAACAAACGCCUUAAACCAAACAUUUGUCAAUUUCAUUCAUACUGUUACAACAAACAAGCAAACGCCUGGUGUUCGUAAUCUGUAUCUGAACUCUUUUUUGACAGUAGUCAAGGGCUUGAGAAAAUCACUUUCGGCACUUGAGGAUAGCCUUAAGGAAGAAUUCAGUGACUUGGAUGUAUUGAGCAUUUGGGAGAAGUUCCUUAGCGAUGAUUUUGAUACACUUGUAACAGCUGCGGACACAGAGCUGGAUAUCUCUGAUGAAAGAUGCUUGAGCAACUUGCAGAAAUUGGCAGCUGAACAUUUGGAAGACAAUGAUUCUGACUCCAAGGGCUUCACAGAUGGGAGACGUCCAGAUGACUGCACUGACAAGGGCAUGGAUUCACAUGAAGCCAGACUCGGAACAAAUACUAUUAGCUUAAAGACUUCUGAAAGUGGGGUUGAUAUGUCUAAAAAACUAGUAGUACAACUUACACCUGUAGCUAUGGAACAGGAGCAAUCCAGUGAUGCCCCAAAGAUGGAGGAAGACCUCCACAAGAAGGAUAAGGAGUCAAGGGGAAAGCAUGAAUCAGAAGAUGACGAUAGUGGGUGUGCUAAAGCUGACAGUAAGAUGAGCAAUGACAACUCGAGUGCAUCUGUGUAUCCAGAAGAGGAACAUGGUAAUAGACGGUCUCCUCGUGUGAAGACAACUCCCUUGCGCCGACCAAGUGAUGUCAAGACCAAAACAUCUCUUUCAGCAGCAGAUAGUGACAGUGACUCGGAUGCUGAGGAGACCCCCAACACAGUACCUGUAAAAAACACUGAAGAACAAAGUCUGAGCAGAGCAAGAGAUGAUUCUGACUCGGACGAGGUCCCUGCUGCUCUACUUGAGCGAGCAGCUAUGACACAAAGCUCGGAUGAAGCCCAGAGCGACGAGGACGGUGGUAAAGGUUCGCCAAAUAAGGUGGCCAAGAAAUGUCUUUUCUGGCUCACUAAGAACACUCCGAUGUCACCAGAGAAGAUGCGCCGAAAACGCAAGAUGCUUGACCGCUCCCCCGAGUCCGACUCGAGCAACAGAAGAGUCAAAGCUCGCCAGAAAAGUGGGACUGAUUCCUCUAGUGAUGACCAAGAUUCGCAGGCCAAAAUGCAACAGUUGUAUACGCUGAGGUCGAUAGGGACGCCGCACCUCGUCAAAAGAGAGGAGGAAGGUGUGGCUAGAAAGCAAAGGAGGAUACAACAGGGGAAAUCGAAGGCUAAAUCUCGUCAGGAAGCGAUGGAGUCAUCGUCGUCAUCAAGUGAUGAACAAGAUGAUGACUCUGGGAGUGAUGGAAGUGAUCAGAAGAUGAAGCCAAUCACAGAAGAUGUGGCCUUACUAGGAGCAGCAGCAUUCCACCAAUCAUCGGGAGAUGAGGAGCAGUCUGGGCCCUCGUGGGCAGCAGAAGACGACGAUGAUCCAGAAAAUAGAAUCGCUAAGAAAAUGCUAUUGGCCCAAAUUAAAGCCAACUACUCCUCGGGUGAUGAUAUCUCAUCGGCGGAGGAAACACAGGAGGAGGACUCUGAGUCGGAGGGUGACGACGAGGUCAGACAAGGCAAUAAGGAUAAAGGAACAGAUGAGAAUGGGGAAGACUUGACUUCAGAUUCAUCUGACACCAAGUCUGAUGGGCCCAACUACAGGCACCAUCUCAUCAAACUCAAACUCACCUUAGAUGAGGAAGCAUCGAGUGACAAGGUCGUGUCAAAGACAGAAGAAGGAAAGCAGGAGAGCAGGAGACGAGCCAACAAAAGACACCUGAGCUCUGACGGUGAAGACCGUGAUGAGUCGGAUGAAGACGGGAUGAGUGAGGAGCUGAGUCAGUCAGAGGAUGAGGCUGGUGAAGAUGGACUCAAAAGUUUAGCUCCAGGGGAAGCAUCUUUUAAUCCGGUACAGACGCAACAUACCUGCAUUUGGUUGUCUGAUUCCAGCAGUGAAAAGAGCGAUCAAGAGGACACAGAAAAGGAAAUAAAUGAGAGUCAAGGCACCCCCAAAGGACGCAAAAAGAUCCGCAAAAUCAUUGACGAUGAGAACCUCCGUGCUGAGACUCAGGAAGCCCUGAGAGAGGAGGAGGAACGAUGCAAGCGUCUAGCAAAAAGGGAUCAACAGUUGGAGGACAUGAGAGAGAUAACUGUCAUAGAAGACGAACUGUCUCAAGUGGUUUGUCCCGUCACAACCAAGCUGGUCCUGGAUCAGGACGAGGAGGCCAAGAAUCCUCUCGUUCAGGUGCACGGGAACCUGGUGACGAGACUGAAGCCUCAUCAGGUGGACGGUGUCCAGUUCAUUUGGGACAGCUGCUGUGAGUCUGUGAAGAAAGCCAACUCUUCUCCGGGAUCGGGCUGUAUACUGGCACACUGCAUGGGUCUAGGAAAAACUCUGCAGGUGGUAACGUUCCUCCACACUGUGCUUCUGUCAAAAAACCUGAAAUUUACAACGGCCUUGGUCGUGUGUCCACUUAAUACGAUCCUCAACUGGGUCAGCGAGUUCAAGAAAUGGCAAAGCAACAUGGGAGAAGAGAAAGUCAAGGUGAAAGAAAUGGCUACAACAAAGUCAGCCCUGGAAAGAGUCCGAGCUCUGCAGCAGUGGCACAAACAUGGAGGCGUUAUGAUAAUGAGCUAUGAGCUGUACCGCAUCCUGUCGCUAGGCAAUAGUAUCAAGAAUGAGGAGUGGAAGAAAGAGUUAAAGAGCGCACUGGUGGAUCCAGGUCCAGACUUUGUGGUUUGUGACGAGGGGCACAUCCUGCGCAAUGAAAGAUCCAAUAUCUCUAAAGCUAUGAAUGCCAUCAAGACCCAAAGAAGACUGGUGCUAACAGGCACACCGCUGCAAAACAACCUUGUCGAGUACCACUGCAUGGUCAAUUUCAUCAAGAAGAAUCUUCUGGGUUCACUGGGUGAAUUCCGAAACCGCUUUAUCAACCCCAUCCAGAACGGCCAGUGCGCUGACUCCACACCAAAAGACGUCCGAGUCAUGAAGAAGCGCGCUCACGUGCUUCAUGCGAUGUUGGGUGGAUGUGUGCAGAGAAAAGAUUACUCAGAGUUGACCCAGUUUCUGCCUCCCAAACACGAAUAUGUGCUGGCAGUGAGGGUUUCCCCACUUCAGUACAAGUUAUACCGCUACUAUCUUGACCAUGUGGCAGGUGUGGGCUCCAUAGCUAAAGCAAAGCUGAGGGCUGGAGCAAACCUGUUCAAGGACUUUCAGGCCCUCGGACGCAUUUGGACUCAUCCGUGGUGCCUUCAGCUCAGCUACGUCAACAAAGAAAAGAAGAGAAAUCUAGAAAAGAAGAAUCAAGUUAAAAUGACAGCCAUGCUGACAAAUGCAAAAACCACCGUAGCUGAGAGUGGACUGAAAGAGAAUGGAGAAGGACAAGUGACAAACACUGGCAACAGUACAGUGAUUACGGAUGUGUCCACAGAUGCCCCGGCAGCGGAAGGAGCGAAAGCUGUUGUCGACUUGACGCCUCAGGUUCCAGAUGACAGCUGGUACAGAUGUCUGCUGUCUGACAGUGAUGCCAAAAUCAUGGAGCACUCGGGAAAAAUGAUGCUUCUGUUUGAGAUCCUCAAAAUGGCUGAGUACCAGGGGGAUAAAGUGCUUGUGUUCAGUCAGUCCUUGAUCUCAUUAGACCUAAUUGAGGAAUUCCUUCGCAUUUCUCACCGUGCCAGAGGCCACUCAUUGAAAGAGGGCAGCUGGAUUAAAAACAUCGAUUACUAUCGUCUUGAUGGUUCCACCAGUGCUACUCUUCGGAAGGACUGGGCAGAUAAGUUCAAUAAUGCUGCCAAUAACCGUGGCCGAUUGUUUCUCAUCUCAACGAGAGCGGGCUCACUGGGUAUCAACCUUGUGGCUGCUAACAGGGUCAUCAUCUUCGAUGCCUCCUGGAACCCCUCAUACGACAUCCAGAGCAUAUACAGAGUGUAUCGCUUCGGCCAGCUGAAACAAGUGUUUGUGUACCGCUUCUUGGCUCAGGGCACCAUGGAGGAGAAGAUCUACGAUCGUCAGGUGACCAAGCAGUCUUUGUCCUACCGAGUGGUAGAUCAGCAGCAGAUCGAGAGACACUUCACCCUGAUGGAACUGACAGAGCUUUACACAUUUGAGCCAGACCUGCUCGAUGAUCCAAACUCCAAGAAAAGCAAGAGACCCACCUCUCUGCUCCCGAAGGAUAACAUCCUGGCACAGCUCUUAAUAACCUGUAAAGACCAGAUAGUGUCUUACCACGAGCACGAAUCCCUCCUGGACCAUAAAGAAGAGGAAGAGCUCAGCGAGGCAGAACGCAAAGCUGCUUGGGCCGAGUUUGAAGCCGAGUCAAACGCAGCCAGUCAACCAGUCAGCUCCAGCCAGGAGAACUUGGAUAUGCAGACCAAUCAACAGCUACUGGAAUUGCUAAACAAAAGUAAAGCAAGAGUGUCAGUGGCCUUCCAGUCAUUGCAGAAAAUGAGACCUCAAACUAUGGAGCACUACAUGCUGCGAGUGCCAGCAGUUUCCACUGUCCAAAAUAUCUGUAAAGAGCCCAUACUCUGCUGUUUGGGUUUUGUCUACGGAACCCCGGAGUGGCCAUAG